AUGAAACCUGCAGCUGUGCUCGACAUUUUCAAGAAGAAAACGACAAGAAAGGAGAGAAAAAGGGGCAAUACGAAGACGGAGCAUUCUCGGAAAAAGAAUAAGGAUAAGGGGGGAAAGACGAUCGAUGAGGAUCUUACGAUGACUGUAAUGGCUCCACCGCCAGCAGCCGCUCCUGCUCCGUCGGCUCCACAGGCUCCACCAACUCAACAAGCUGCUGUUCAAUCGCAUCCGGUUGUUGGACAAUGGGUUCAGAGAGCUUUGGAUUUCGGAGUUGAAAAACUUCGGGAUGAAUUUCGUCAAAUGGCGAAAUAUACGAGACCCGAUAUGACUCAAAAUGCAUUCAAUGCCAAUUGCUCUGCUAAUAUCAAUGAAACCAAGAAUCGGUAA